GAUCGCAGCCACCACCGCCAGCAGCAGCAGCAGCAACAGAAGAAGAUCAUCGAAACAUACACUACAUUUACGGGAAUAAUGACCAUUGACGUUGACGUGCCCAGAAUAACUCAACAAUCAAUCAAACCUGACGAGCUUCUUUUGGUUAAGAGUGUUCAUUAAGUGAUGUUUAAAUAGUUAGUAGGGUAGAAGUUGCAAUAUUAUAUUGCGAAACCGUUUGUGAUACGAGGAGCUGCACAGGUGUAUCCUAUCCGAGGCAGUUGAUCCACCGGUGGAAUGAUGGCGACGGACGGCAGGGGUUGGAAGAGCACGAUCUUCACCCUGGCAGUCGCUCUGAUUGCUUUGGAAGGUGGGGCGCGCGGCGACCGGCCCACGGAGGUGGCCCCGGGCUGCCACCGCAAGGGCCACAAGGUGACGUGCCGCGCGUGGGCGGGGCCCGACGCGCCCGACAUCCCGCACGGCUCCGCCUGGAGCGACUUCUGGGCGCUCGACCUCUCCGACGUGGACGCCGCCAAGCGCAUAGACCUUCGCCUGCGCGGCGCCACCUGCCACGUCAAGAGCGACGAGUGGGCGUGGCGCGGGCUGGGCACCAACCUGGGCGACGGGCGGCUGCCGGCGCGCUGGCUGGGCGCGCGCUACCGCGGCCUCAUCGUGCUGUACAUGCGCGGCCUGGGGCUGCGCAGCGUGCAGCGCGACGCCUUCGAGCUGCUCACCGUCGUGCAGCACGUGUACCUCAGCAGCAACCGCCUCGGCGCCCUCGACCCCGACAUGUGGCAGCACAACACGCGCCUCACGGGCGUCAGCCUCGAGAAUAACGUGGGCCUGCAGCUGGCGGAGGGGCAGCCGCUGUUCCGCUCCGACGUGAUCGAGUACCUGGACCUGUCCGGGUGCGGGCUGCGCGCGCUGCCCGAGGCGGCCUUCCGCGAGCUGCCGCGCCUGCAGCUCCUGCAGCUGGAGCGCAACUGCUUCAAGGCGGUGCCGGCGCCGGCGCUGGCGCUCGUCGCCGACCUGUGGAGCGUGGCGCUGAGCGAGAACGCCAUCGAGAGCCUGAGCGCCGACGACGCCUCGCUGCUGGCGCGCUUGCCCGAGGCGCUCUUCUUCUCCAUGGCUGAUCUGGUUUGUCUGUGGCCCCCCGAGGAUCACGGGCAGUCGUGGGAGAAGGUGCUGGCGAGGGACAGCUGCCGAACGUUCGACGAUGCCCUGGAGAACGCCACGCACUGGGACGGCGACGGGGACGCGGCGGCGCACGCCCCCUCUUCCUCCACUGAGAGCGGCGCGGAGGCUGGCGCGGGCGCCCCGGCGGCGCACUGCCAGCUACCAGUGUGCGGCGGUGGCGGGGGCGACGCGUCGCUGUGCAAAUGGCUGAGCGGCGGGACGCUGCUGGUGCUGGCGCUGGGGCUGGUGGCGUUCACGGUGGCCGUGUUCACGGACCGCGUCGCCGUCACGCUGUCGGUGGCCGGCGGCGCCCGCCGGCGGGCCGCCUGCGCCCGCUCCGACGCCAGCCUCUCGCGCGCCAACCUCACCGACCCCGCGCUGGAGGACGACGUGGAGGACGGCGGCGCGCGCCCGCAGCCCUGGGACGUGGUGCGCUUCGGGCGCGGCAAG